GGCAGCAAGUGGGACUGAGAUUUGAGUGCUGCCUGGGGACUUCAUACUAGCAUGGCCCUACAGUUGCUGGCUCUGAGGUUUCUCCUGGUCCUUGUAUCUCUGCAGACAGCACAGGGCCGGGAAGAACCUGAUCCCAAGGUCCAAGAAGUGCCCUGGGAAACAGAAAUGUGCCGAAGGCCCCAGUGGGACUCAAGACUGCAGCUGGCACCAGAACAGGACAGUUACAAGAAGAACAAAGAAGUGAUGCUGAGUUGCCCUGAUGGUUUCCAGCCACCCUUCACCCAUGUUAAAUGUGGGAGGGAAGUCCAGUCCCUCAGUCAUGGGAAACCCAUAUACAGAGAAGUUUGGCUUGGAAGGAACAGCAGAGGGGUCUGGAUCCGCAUUCGGUCCAGCGUGGAAUGCAUCGAUAUCCUCCAGGUUGUCCCUGAGACCUUGGAGAUUUCCAGCACCAGCAUCAAACUGAACUGGACCUGCAGUCUCCCGGAUGCCUGCCAGCGCAUGCAGGCCGUGUGCAGUCUGGCAGGGCCUUCCUCCCCUCCCUGUGAGGCUGAGGAGGUGAAGGGAGAGGAGAUGCUACAUGGGCAGGAGGGAACAUUCACCUGUCCGCCUCUGCAGCCCUUCACUGUCUACAGUGUCACCAUCUCCAUGCCCCCCAGCACAAUCCUUUUCAUCUGGUUGGUCAGGACAAAGGAAACAGUGCCAGACAAACCGGAGAAGCUGUGGCUGGAUCCCAACACAGGGUCCCUCAGGUGGAAGGCUCUGCCCUCCUGCAAAGGGGAGAUCAUCGGAUACCAGUUGAACAUCACGGCCAGGAGUGCGCAGGACGGCGGCUUCCUGGAGAUGGAGCGGCUGCGGCUGAGCAGCAACGUCACUGAGCACGGGCUGCCUGAGCACAGCCCCAGCAGCAGCUACGUGGUGACGAUGCAGGGGCUCACGGCUGCCGGAGCCGGGCCUGCGUCGCUGUGGGAGUUUCAGACCAACAGCUCGGGCACCGCACAGCCUCUUGACAUCAGCUGCCGCAGCGUCGGUGACAUCUCCCCAUCCCGAGGAACGGCCGUACUUCCCCUCUAUCCCAUCUCCCGUCCCCCCGAGGCAGCGAUGGAGCACCAGCUGAUUGUGGCCGCCACACACAACAGCACGGCGGUGGAAGGCGCCUGCUUGGGGGACCCGCAGCCCUUCAACGCCAGCCGGCAGCCCGACGCCUACGUGGCCGCCGUGAUCAACCUCACCGCCCCCAUGGACUUUGUGCUGGGCGAGGGGACCCGCGGGCAGGGUUUCCACAACGCUGCCCUCCAGCUGGGCUGGGACUACACGGUCCUUCUCCGCCUCGUCUGCCGCUCGCAGCAGGCAGAGAAGUUCACCUGCAUCUGCUACAGCUUCUCCGUUGUUGCAGGGAGCCCUCCAGACUCCUGGCACGGGACUGCGAUUGGGGUGGUUGUGCUGUUGGCACUCCUCCUUGUGUCUGCAGGGAUUCUGUGCUUCCUGCUUUCCAGGAAAAGGAAGUCCUUGCCCAGCAAAACUAAGGGGGAUAAUUUAAAAGGUGAAGGUGGCCGGGCUGGAGAUCAGCCACUCCAGCCCCUGCCCAGGACCACAGGAGACAUUUAGAGAAAUGAAGGAGUGGAGAAGAUGGGGAGAAUGACCCCAGCUCAGUGCUGAUAUCUCUCCUGUGACUAUGACCAGCACUGGGGGUCCCAUACAAUUCAGCAGAGCAAGAGCAAAACAGGACACCAAGGAGGGUUGUGAGCUUUUUCUUUCCUCACCCCCUUCACCUCCCAGCUUUUGUUUACUGCUAUUUUAAGGCCUUUGAAUGUGACUCUCUGUAGUUCGUCUUUUUUUAGGAUUUGCUUUCAUUUUUGCUUUCCUGGAAGCAGGAACUGUACGCCAGAUUUCCCAGUCCCUGACUCACAGGGGCUCAGGCUGAGGGAUGGCCCAUGCUCCUGCCAUAUCCUGGGUUCCCAACCCCUCUCCCCUCUCUGCUGAUAUUCAGCCAAACCCAGGGCUCUGCUGGAGCUUGGCCUGACUGGGCUGCCUUCGUGACUCUGCCUGCUCUGUCUGGACAGUCAAUAAAGGCUUGUGCUUUGGAGGGCCUGCCUG